GUAGAACACAUAAUAUUGAAAUGUAGAACAUAUACAGAAAAAAAGAAUAUGAUUGAGAACUUCCAAGGUAAUACAAAAGAUAUAAGUAUGAUCAACUGGAUCUUAGGGAAAGGUAUACAAGACCAAAUGAAUCAAAGAGUAAUUAUGACUUUCUUGAAAGACACAGGUUUAGACAAACGUAUUUUAUACGGAAGAUAAGAUUUAUGUUAUUAACAUAAAACUACAUACACACUGAUAUAGAGGGAACUCACAUGGUGGGGUUUAGGCAUGGGAGAUGAACACGCAGAAGAUCACUCAUGUUGGUUGCAAAAACAAAACAAAAACAAAAAAGCAGCAGGAGGCGGUAUGUGCCUAAGGUGUUAGUAAACGACAAAACCCCAAAGAAGAAGAAGAAGUGUACUAGAAUAUUCUACACAUGCGCAGUGGCAGCAUGUACAGCGGCGUUUCAGUUUCAUGCAAGUUGUCGGCCAGAGGAAAUUUUGCAAGUCAUGGUGGGCCAUUCAAACCGAGAGAGGAGUGACAACCAUAUAUAUAUAUAUAUCUAAGAAAUUAAGAGCGUAGUUAGCUGGAAGUGACUAACGACCGUGGCUGUAUAAGCAUAUGGAGACAUUCUGAGUCAUUUGUAAGAAAAUACUCCCUGAGCUGGACGAAGUUUUGAACGUGAAUGUACACAAACAGAUACUGUGGAUAAAAGGUGGACAAUACUGAGGCGAAAAUACUUUCAUCAAGGAAAACAAAAGAGGAAUAUAAUUUAUUUUACCUUUAUCUUUGGUUGUGUUUUUUUUAAGAAACACAUGACUGUGGAAAAAGAAGAGUACCCUUUUAUUUUGUGUCUUUCAUUUAAAUCUGCUUCAGUUUUUUAUUAUAUAAAAGACUGUCUGUAACCUAAAUCGGUUUGACUUUUAUUUGUGUGUCAUUUUUGUUUUUAGUUACUUUUUGAGUUUUUUUCCUUUUUUUGUUCCUUUGCAAAGAAAUGCUUUACUUGAAAAAGUACUUCACAGAGGGUCUUAUUCAGUUCACUAUCCUCCUGAGUCUAGUUGGUGUACGGGUAGACUUGGACACUUACUUAUAUAAUCAGCUCCCCCCACUACGUGAGAUCAUCCUGGGCCCCAGCUCGGCCUACACCCAGACACAGUUCCACAAUCUCCGUAACACCCUGGACGGCUAUGGCAUCCAUCCUAAAAGUGUGGACCUGGACCAUUUUUUUGCCACUCGUCGGUUGCUGAACCAGGUGCGCUCGCUGGAUCAUCUGCGCGUGCCCAGCACCGAGCUGAGUGCCUGGCUGGUGCAUCGUGACCCUGAGUCUGUGGUUUCAGCAACCAGCCAGUCUGGCCCCAGCAUUGCCCUGGACAAUGGGGGCAGCCUGGAGGAUGUGAACAACGAAGCCUCGGCCAUGAGAGGGGCUGGCGGCGCUUCUGAGACAACUUACAGCCUCAGUGGUGAGGACGGUCUGGGAGCUGUGGCCCCUGAGGACAAUCAGGAGCAAGGGGAACGACAGAGCAAUGACGACCUCUCCAAAGAGGACAUUGACCUCAUAGACAUCCUUUGGAGGCAGGAUAUUGACCUUGGUGCUGGACGAGAAGUAUUUAACUAUAGCAGUCGACAGAAGGAGAGUGAGGCUAAUAAACCUAAUGAAGAGAACGAGGAGGCAGGUGAAAGAGAGGAAAACUGGCGAAAUGGACUUAAUCUGCAAGCCGUGCAGAGCCUAACUCAUGUUGAUGGAGAGACAGGAGAGAGCAUACCUGAGGAGCUUACCAGUCUUGGUGCUCAAACUUCAUUAUCCCUGCAGGAAUGUCUGAGGCUUCUGGAGGCCACCUUUCCAUUUGGAGAGGAGCCAGAGAUGAGAGCUCCAACUGAGGAAACUCCCUCUACUUCACAUGGGCUACCUCUUCAACCCUCUCUAUCCCAGUCUGAUACACCACUAGACCUGGAGCAGCAGUGGCAGGACAUCAUGUCCAUAAUGGAGCUGCAGGACAUGGAGGUAAACAAUACUGCAGUAAACGUCACCAUGAAUAAUGACCCCAAUAAUAACAAUGCCAACACUACAGAAUCUGCCACAAUGGGGAGUUUUGGUCUCCCACAAUCCAAUCUAAUUAAUCAGGAUGUUAGCCUCCACCAGGCUUCACUUCCCAGCUGCAGCCAGGACUUCCCAACACUCUUCAAUCCUGAGUUGGAUUCCACUGGGGGGCAGCAGCCUUCCUUAGUCAGGCUUUCUUCCAGCAAUUCCUCCAACAUCAAUUCAACAUUUGGAGCUACUAAUCUGACUGGACUCUUUCUCCCACCACCUCUAAACAGUACAACCAACCUAACCACCACUCCUGUGCUGCCAGACCCUUUCUCCAGCCUGUUGGAAGAGUCUAUGCUUGAUGAAAUUAGCCUGCUAGACCUUGCAAUGGAAGAGGGCUUUAGCCAAGCCCAGGCUUCUCAGCUUGAGGAUGAGCUUGAUUCAGACUCUGGUCUUUCAUUGGACUCCAGCCAUAGCCCAGCCUCUCCCAGCAACUCUGAGACAUCCUGCUCAUCUGCGGCGUCAUCCUCAUCCACUUCUGCCACAUUCUCAGAAGAAGGAGCUGUAGGCUACAGCACUGACUCUGAGGCAGCCACAGCAGAAGCGGAGGAAGGAGCAGUCGGAGGUUACCAGCCAGAGUAUAGCAAGCUGUGCCGCAUGAGCUACCAAGAUCCCUCUCAGUUCCAUGGCAUUCCACAUUUGGAAAGUGUCAAUCACAACCACACCUACAAUCUACCACUGGCAUCAUCCUACUCUGAGUGCUCUCUGUUGUGUGCAUCUGGCAACAAGAAAGGCAGAGACAAACAACUGCUGCAAACAAAGCUCCAUCCACCAUUAGACUGUGAGGACAGGCAGUCAAGCCGUGAUGAACGCAGGGCAAGAGCCAUGGACAUCCCAUUCUCAAAUGAAAAGAUCAUUAACCUACCUGUUGACGAGUUUAAUGAGCUUCUGGCAAAGCAUCAUCUUAAUGAGGACCAGCUCUCCCUCAUUCGUGACAUCCGCCGGCGCGGAAAAAACAAAAUGGCGGCGCAGAACUGCCGCAAGCGCAAGCUAGACACCAUCCUCAACCUUGAGCAGGGCAUGCAGGAUCUACGAUGCGAUAAGGCUCGGCUGCAGAAGGAGAAGAUGGAAUGCCUUAAGUGCAUCAGCCAGAUGAAUCAGAAGUUUCAGAAACUUUACCAGGAAGUGUUUGCACAACUGCGGGAUGAGGAAGGCAGACCCUACUCUGCUAGCGAGUACUUUCUGCAGUGCAGCCCUGAUGGUAGCGUUCUCCUUAUGCCUCGUAGCAUGACCACAGAACAAGGCAACAAGACUGACAAGAAGCAGAAGGACAAAAAGAAGUGAGGAGCUUGAACUGCUGCCCUUUUUAUGUUUUGCAAAGGCACUACCAUAAAGUAUUUUAAAAGGCAAGGAAGCCUUUUUCUUUGAAAAGAAUCUAGCAAGGAGAAGAAAAUUGCAUCAAUUUAUUUACUCUUCCUGCUUUGGGUUUUCUGUGUUCCUUUUUAGUUCAGACGUUUUCUCCUGAAAGCAGCAUUAAAGCAAAUUUGCUUUAUGUAGAAUUGAUUUUUUCGUUGAUGUACAUGUAUUGAGAAAGAUUUGAGCGACGGGCACUUUUAGAUGAACGGAAAGAAUUGUAAAGAAUGUGAGGCCUUGGAGGGCAUAGUUCCAUCUUUAACAAAGAAGGACACUGACAAGAUGCCCUUGUGAUAAAUUGGAAGAGCUGACAUGAUGGUCCCAAAAAAUUUUGCCAAUGAAAAUAUACAUGAAACUAAUGUAUGUUGUUGACCAUGAGGAUAGAAGGAUUAUUAGAAUUUUUAGCAUUGGCCAGGGCUGUGUUGUUUGGCCGUACCCUGGGAUUACAUUGGUGGUUGAGGAAGAACCCCUUGAUUUGGAGAGCCGGAAGCAAGAGCCUGCUAGGCUGCGCAUUAAAAAGCUAAAAGUAUUGAGAAGCCAAAAGAAAAUACAGGCAGGCCAAUACUAACCAAAGGUUGUGUUGUAUGACUCUCUUGAUCCCAUAACAAAAUCACACUGGUUGAAUACUGGUGUUGAUUUAAAUUCACAUUUUCACUUCUAAAGGAAGAAAAUAGUAUAUUUCUGUCAUUGGACAGAAAUCUCACCUGAAAUUUCUCCGGACAUUCAAUGCCAUUUGUCAAGGAGCUGGGAGAAUGGAACAAAUAGUCAUUUAGCUUUGAGGCUUAAGGAAAAGAAUUGGAUAAGAAGAGGUACAGAUGGAAGAUGGAUGCACUCUGCAUUACUAAUAAAUCAGCUUCUGUACCCUUUUCCGCACCGUAAAUCAACACUGUAGUUUGAUUAUAAUAUUUUGGUCUUUAACUUUUUUUCCUCUUCUGUUGGGGAAAGUGUUUCAGAGUCCCUCCUGUCAGGUUUUUAUGUUAUUCUCCCAUGUGCAUACUAGACUUUUUAAAAAGCUUGUGAUGAGGUGGAGGGCAGGGCUGGGCCGUGAAGACACACGGCUGGCACUGAAUCGGGCUAAUCAGCCGGGAGGGGGAUGAAGACUAGACGGAGGCGCCAGUUCAAGAGAGAAAGAUGCACGUGGCCGCGUUGCACGUUUGUUUUUUGUUGGUUUUAAGUUUACCAUUAAACUUUGUUUACUGUUCAGCCGGUUCCCGCCUCCUCCUUGCCCAUCUUUUAACUGUUACAGUGGUGCCGAAACCCGGGAAGGAGGAGGGAUGUGCUGUCACAGUACUCACCGCUUCCGCCCACCAAAGGAGCAGCCGCGGCCAUCUGCCUGGGGACGGAGGGGUUGGUGCCGGCCACCAAGAGCCGGAGGACUCGCUGCCGUCCACCAGGGGAGGAGCAAGCUGGCGUUCGCUAGAGGGUGGAGGAGUGGUUGAGGACCGGGUGACAGCACGUCCGGGAGCCCGCAAACAAGUUUUUCUCUCUCUCUUCUCUCUCUCUAUGUCGCUCCGCCUCGCUCUUUCCCUCUCACCUUUCCCUCCCCUCGUCUCUCCCAGGGAUCCAGAAAAGCGGGGGAAGACCUGCCAGCAGGCACGGUCUGAAAGGCAAUGCCCCCCCCCUCCAGGAAGGGAGGGAAGUGCGUCAUGCCGGGGGUUUCCCCGACCUGAGUUGGGUGAUGGAGGAGUGUGACGAGGAGGAGGGUGGGGCCGGGCUGUGAAGACACACGGCCGGCCCUGAAUCGGGCUAAUCAGCCGGGAGGGGGAUCAAGACAAGACGGAGGCACCAGUUCGAGAGGGAGAAACGCACGCGGCCGUGCUGCACGUUUGUUUAUGUUGGUUUUUAGUUUACCAUUAAAUUUUGUUUACUGUUCAGCCGGUUCCCACCUCCUCCUCGCCCAUCUUUUAACUGUUGCAAAGCCAUUAGACAUUGGACACCUGAUAAGUGGCCUCCGAGAGUAUGCAUCUGAAUUAUGUGAUGAGUCUGGUGUUCUUGGUAUGUAAGAUUAACUGAAAUUAACUAAUGUGCUUAAAAAGUUCAUUUUUAGCCUUUGUUGCAGGCCAAAACUUUCUGUUGCAGGGCAACUUAUGCCAGUGGUUUUCUUUCUGUUGUAGUGUUCUCUUCUGAAGGAAAUAAUUUUAUUGUUAACUAAAAAUUAACAAUAGUUGCAGACACAGCUCAUACUUAGGAAUACAGAUUUUCCUUAGCUGGGUCAAACGUUUUAGCUUAAUGUGUGAUGUGAACCUCUGUCUCUCACUUUUAUUUUACAGAUUUUUAUUUCAUGUUUAGCAAAUUUGUUACCCACUACACACACACUACUUCUACAACAGUACCUUCUUUUUUAAUUGAGUGAGGUUUAAGCUGUUAGGUUUGUGCCAAUAACCAACUGCAUCGUGCUUUAGUGCAGCCUAAGUAAACAGCUGACCUAGUCACUGACAUAUCAUUGAAAUGCAGAAUGGGGGGGGGGGGGGGCACAGUAACACUGAUAUUAAUGUCCAAUAUACAUAAUGUUCAUCUUCAUUCUCUCCUGUCAGUCUCUGUCGCUUGCUUCUACACUGUUCAUAUAGUACCAUGUGACACAGUCAGCGUCUAGUUUGGUGCAACAUGAAUAAAUAUGCAAGAAAAUGUCAUUUUUGUCUCCAAAAUGGAUAAAGAGACAAUCUUUAUUUACUGGUUACAAAUAAUUAGUAUAGUUGGGGUAGAGAUAAUGAAAAAUGUUGAGUGAUUCACUAGAUGAACUUUGAAUCCAUGUUACAAUGUCAUAACUACUUGUCUUUAAGCACUGUUCUUUUUGUUUGUCUUGUUUGGUUUGUAAAUAUUUUUAUGUUCUGUUUGUCUCUUGUCCUAAUUGCUUGGUUUAGCCAGGCCCUUUUGCACCUUCUUUAAAUUUGCCUGUUCAGAGUAUUCCUAUUUGAUUAAUGUUGAGAGAUUUGCUGGCAAUCUGGAAUUGUUCUUUUAUUAAUUAAUAAACCUUUGUUUAAUUUACUUUGAUUUUUAAGUGAAAAGAUUUGUGAUUAUAAAAGAAUGGCAAAAAUAAAUUAAAAAUAAAAUGGUCUGAGAAUUUUGUAAUUCAGCAAAAGGAACUCUUCUGUCAGAAAUAUGAAUUCAAAGCUGUGCAGUGUGGGAUUGGAAAUUUAAGGGUCACUUGAAGAUCUGUUCAUUCUCCAUCGCUCCCAUGUAAUCACAUGAAAAACUAAAGUGAUAUACAGUACAUUGUAUGGGGUAUUCAAAGCGAGCACGGAUAAAUUAUGCCUGUUUCUUA